UCGUCCGGGGCAGGUAACCUUUGGGACAAUCUCCUGGCGAGAAAUGGCACCUUGGAGUCAUUGCUAAUUGACAUUUCCCAUGAGUGAAGGCCCUGCUGCAGGCUGAUCUGGGAGGUGGCAGCCUCUGACCCAGGACAGAUCUCACCAUGGCCCUCCUGAUACACCUGCUUGUCUGCACGUUCGGGAUGGGCUCCUGGGUGGCCAUCAACGGGAUCUGGGUAGAGCUGCCCCUGCUGGUGACGGAGCUGCCGGAAGGCUGGUACCUGCCCUCCUACCUCACGGUGAUCAUCCAGCUGGCCAACGUCGGGCCCCUCCUCUUCACCCUGCUCCACCACUUCCGGCCUGGCUGCGUGUCCGAGGUGCCCGUCAUCUUCGCCGUGCUGUGUGUGGGCACCAUUGCCUGCACCCUCUUUGCCUUCCUCUGGAAUGUCACCUCCUGGGUGCUGGGCAGUCUCCGCAGCAUCACCUUCAUGGUCCUCACCUUCUUCCUGGCCCUGGUGGACUGCACCUCCUCCGUCACCUUCCUGCCCUUCAUGAGCCAGCUGUCCACCCACUACCUCACCACCUACUUUGUGGGUGAAGGACUCAGCGGCCUCCUGCCUGCCCUGGUGGCUCUUGCCCAGGGCUCGGGGCUCACCACCUGCGUCAACGUCACCGAGACACCUUACAACACCUCAAGCCCUAGCAUCGUGAGGAAGACCGGCAUCCCACAGGGAAAUGACAGCACUCCUGUGCCUGGCCUCACGGGGACGGCGCCCACCGUGGUCCAUCUGGAAAGCCGCUACCUCCCUGCUCACUUCUCGCCCUUGGUCUUCUUCCUGCUGCUCUCCUUCAUGAUGACCUGCUCCCUCCUUGCCUUCUUCCUCCUCCAGCGCCACCCCAGGCGCUGUAAGACCUCCACAGAAGACCUCCUCACCUCCCAGGUCACCCUCUACUCCAUCCGGCCACUGAAAGAGGACCUGGGCCCCUCGGGCCCGGCGGACAGCAGUACGAGCCAGGAGCCCGCGGAGAAGAAAGCGGCCUCCCGCUACCCAGCCCACCUGCUCUUCAUCUACGGGCUGGUGGCCUUUGUGAACGCACUCACCAACGGCGUGCUGCCCUCCGUGCAGACGUACUCCUGCCUGUCCUACGGGCCUGUAGCCUACCACCUGUCCGCCACCCUCAGCUCCAUGGCCAACCCUCUGGCCUGCUUCCUCUCCAUGUUCCUGCCGAACAGGUCUGCCGCCUGCUGGCCCCGGGGAGCUCUGGGCAGCCUUGGUGUUCUGAACAUAGGCGAGGAGGAGCCCAGCGGCAAGACCUCCAGUGAAGGAAGGACAGGGUCCUCCAUGUCAGACCUGGACUCGGAAUGGAAGGCAUCCAAGCGGCCCCAGGGCCCCCAGAUCCUGCGAGCCUCCGUUAUAGACGGGGUCGCCCCAAAGCCCCCUGCACUCUGCAUCUCUCCCACCCUGUCCCUGCAGGUGGCCUCGUGGGUGCUUUUCAUUGGCUGCCUGAGCUAUGUCAAGGUGAUGCUGGGCGUGAUCCUGCGCGACCGUAGCCGCAGCGCCCUCUUGUGGUGUGGGGCGGCGGUGCAGCUGGGCUCGCUGCUCGGAGCUCUGCUCAUGUUCCCGCUGGUCAACGUGUGGCGGAUCUUCUCCUCCGCGGACUUCUGCAGCCUGCAGUGCUCCGCCUAGGGCCUAGGCCAACGGAAAACUGGGGCCCAGGGAGACAAGGCAAGGGCCCAAGGUCACUGGGAAAGUGUUGGGGUGGGGGUGGGGGUCUCUGAGGCAGAGCCUGAGGACUUGAACCAUCAACACAAACCCCCCUCCUUAAGGUGGCUGAUUCCACAGGCCUCCCAGGGAGCCUGGAAAUGCAGAGCACAGCCGUCCCCCAGCUCUGAGUCAGGUGCUUGCAAUUCCACUCUCCCAGGGCCUCCUUCCCUCACGCUUGGGAGGGAACUGACUUGGGCACCCAGCUGGCGGCGGGCUCUGACCAGCUGUGCGACCUUGGGGAGUCACCUGAUUUUUUUGUGCCGAUGUUUCCUCAUCCAUAAAACGGGGAUGGUAAUACAUAGCACCUACCUCAUACACCUGACAGAGGGCUGAAAGGGAGACACCCGUGUGUGGCAAAACCGCCUGGGCCACUUCCUGAUCUGAUGCCCAACAGUAACGAGAAGAGUGACCUACAGUGGCCAGGGCUUGAGAGAUGACCCCUGCCCCAUGUCCCUUCCCCACUGUCCUCAGAGGAGCUUCUGGAAGACACGGCUAAUGGGGGAAUCUCGGGGAAGGGGUCCCUGAUUCCCAGUAUGGAGGGACACUGUACCCCACUCACCCCUUCCCAUCAUCCCUCCUGACCCAUGACCUCCUGAGAGGCAGAGAGAGGUGGUGGGGGAGGGGCGACACCAAGUGCCCACCCCCAGCUCAGCAAGGCCGACCACUGGACCCCGAGGACCCGGGGAAGCAGGUCUGGGGCCUGGAGGGAG